GGUAUCCUAGCAACCAGCAGAAACUUUGCGAGGAGAGCACAGACCAGAGCGUGACUUAUUAACUUUGAGCCUAUCAGGGUAUGUUAUUGUGGAUCCCUAGGACGACUGGUCCUGGGAAGUAACCUCACUGUAUCGAGGCCGCCUCAGUGCUUGCAGCUGCUGGUCUCCCAAGGCUAGAGACUGAACGAAAAAUGAGCUUCUCCAUUACAUUCGCAGAGCUAGUGAACAUUGCGAUUGGCACGCCUGAGAUCGGCAAUGUCAACUUCAAUGCCCUUCAUGUCCUGCUGCACGGCCUGUUGGAGCACCUCCAGCUCCAAGGUGUCAAAAAGGAGAUCUCCCAGGAGGAGAGGGAUUUUCUCCAGCCUGCCCCUAGCUUUACAGCGGAAGACCAGGUCCAGGAACAGGUCUCCCUGGAGAGGAAAUCCAGCUCGCUCUUUCACCAGCUUCAGGAGAGGCUGACAAGGAUCGAAAGUCAGCUGCUUCUUCUGAAUAGUCCCCCUACCACAGAACAGCUGCUUUCUCGGAGCCAGCCCCACAGCAAGCCUGCCGAGGAAAUGUGGCAAAUGAUGCAGUUGAAGAAGAAGAUGGAAAUGAAUGAGGAAGGAAUGACUAAGGCCAUGAACACGCUGCAGGAGCUGCUCACCAACAUCUACUCCCUUCAAAGCACUGUCAACACCUUGCAGGAAGAGCUGGGGGUCUUGAAGGAUAACUUCCAACAAGUCAGCAUGGAUGAAAUGAGAGAGCGGCUUGCACAGCUGGAUCAGCAGAGCCAGCUCAUCCAAGUCAUCCUGGACAGGCUGGACAAGAUGCAGGCACAGCUGAAUUCUUUCCCCGAACAGGUGGACAUAGUGCAGUGGAGCUCUCUCUUCGAUUCGCUCACUGACAAGAGCCCCUCAGACCCAGUGCCCAGCCUCGACUCGAAACGGGAAACGGUCAAGGAGGUUUUUGGCAAGCUGUGCCAGCUGCCGGACAAGCAUGAAGCCUUGGGGACUCGCAUCAGCCUGCUGGAGAAUGAGCUCAAGCAGCAAGCAGAUCACCUAGCCAAAGUUGGGAUCUCAGAUGACGUAGCCGCAGAUCUGGAGAGAAUGAAAGACGAAAUAAGCAGCCUGCAAAGCAAAGAAGACAAGGGGAGGGAGUUUCAGAGGGACUUGCUGGCCCAGGUACAGAAGCUGAAGGAGCAGUACGAGAAGCUGCAGAAAGGCUCGGAGAGGCUGCUGAGCAGCAUGGGGGAUUUCCAGAACCUGCGGGCGAUGGUUCAGCAGCUGGACCUGAAUAAAGCAGACAAAGCGCUGCUGGAGCAGGAGAUGAACGUGAAAGCAGACAAGAGUGCACUGGAGGCCAUGGUGAACCAUGGGGAGCUGCAAAGCACCACCACUCAGCUGAGCGAGAUGAUGCAGGAUCUGUUGCAGAAGAUGUCCCUGCAAGACAAGGAUUGGCAGAAGGCACUGGAGAAGCUGUUCAGUGACAUGGAUUCCAAGUUGGACCAUAUGGCCCUGGACCCUCUGCGGAAGCAGCUGGAGGAAGUGUGGAAAUUUAUUAAGAAGUAUUUGAGUGAGGGCCCCCACUUUGAUGCUGACAGUGCCGCUGGCUUUAAAAGGCAGCUCUUUGAACGAGUGAAGUGCAUUUCCUGUGACAGACCCGUGGCUAUGAUGACUGGGCCGCACCUGGUGACGGUCCGAAAAGCAAAUCUGCUCUCCAGGCCCCGUCCGGCUAGUGCCAACGGUUACGAGUACCUGGCACUUCAGCAGCGAGCAAGGGAGCAAGCUGUAGAGAGCAAUGAUGGACGUGAAAUGACGAGGCAUGGGCAGCUCUCCUCCGAGCAGUGCUGGCAAUGCCAGGCACAUGCUGCCUACCCCAUCAAGCGAUUGUCCAAGGUGAAGGCUCUUACCACCAUGUACCCCUACGGAGACCCAACAGUCCUCACCUAUGAUAACAGUGAAGUGGAUAUCCUGGGCAUCAACGGAGUUCUCUACAAGGGCAGGGUGAGCUCACAGCUGGCAAACCGGAGUGUCUCUCUGGAGAGGGAGUUAUCAGAAGCAAAGACCCCCCGGCCACCCUCCAAACAUGGGAUGGAAAGGACCCGCUCUGCCACCUAUGGCAGCCACUAUGUGUCACCGUAUGCAUCCUCUGUCAUCCGGAUGAGGGCCACGUCCGCAGGGAGCAAGUCGCAGCUUGCCCAGGAGCUGCCAGCCUGCACCGUGCGGGUGAAGACCGAGCUCCCCCCGGGACAGCUGCCAAGCGAGGGGGGGGUGGCUGGCCUGUGAGCCACAAGGGACUGUGGCAGCUCCACAGACCCUGCCCCCACCCCUUCCUUUACCCACCAUUCCUUGUGUAAAUACUGUGCUACGUCACUACGCAGGACAGCCAUCGCCAGGCGUUCCUGCAGAACAUGGCCGUUGGACAGCACCGCCAGCAGACCAGACCCACCGUCUCCCUUACAACCGGGCCAACGAGAGGGGUUUCUGCUGGGCAGGGCACGCUCCAUGCAGCAGGGACUCACCAGCCAUCAGCUUCACCAGGAGCUCUGCUGGGGGCAGCCAUGCGGGGGCCAGGAUGGGGGCUAGGAGGGCUGCCCCUGGCCGCAUGUGUCACCUCGUUAUAAUCUCUGCAUUAACACAGCAUCUCAGCCAGGAUCCACGAGGCACAGUGGGACCCCUGGGGCAGAGCUGAGCCAACCGCCCUACCAGCAGGAUUCCCCAGGCCAUGGGAGCUUGUGACGAGUCCCAAAGGCUGCCCUGCUCAGGGGCCUGUGGCUAGCUUGGCUGUUGAAUCAUUAUAAUGAUCACUCAGGCCCAGAUGUGUUGCAUUGAAGUCACAGGAGCUCCUCUGGAUCUGCAGUGGGAGAUCUCUGGUCCUUACACAGCUGGUUUGCAUCCCUCCAUCACCCUUAACUGGGUUCCCAGGAGAAUUCCCUCCCUCUGUCCUGCCACCACUAGACCAGCAGGCUCCUGCUACGUCACUUCCAGGGCCCCAUACGGCUCCAACAAACUGGGUCCCUCCACCAAGUGCAGCAGUCCUGGCACAUGAGGAUAUGAACCUCCAGCGGGGUGCAUCACUACAUGGCUCACCUGGAUCCACGAAGCGCCAAGGCCUGGGGUUCUGAACAAGAGCCCGAGCGUGGCAUGUGCAGGCCUCCACCAGACAGCGCCAGCUUGGCUUGCUGCGCCUGGGCCUGUCCGCUCGCCAGAUCCAGCAGGGAUCCUUUGGUUUGGCCUGCAAACACACUCCCCUUUUCCCUCCCAGCACUGAGCUUGGAAAGCAGGUGCCCCGGAGCUGCUGGCCGCCCUCGCAGCUGUGCAUUCACGACAGACUAACU